AUGAAUUUGGAAAACACUAUCGUUGAAGGAAACGACGAAUCCCUGGAGGAUCGUUCAAAAGCCAUGAUUUUCGUUCGUCGUCAUCGUGACGAGGCAUUGAAAUCCCAAUAUUUGACAGUGGAAGAUCCAUUCUCAUUGUGGUCUGACUUGAAAGAUCGCUAUGACCAUCAAAAAACCGUCAUACUCCCUCGAACUCGACAUGAGUGGAUGAACUUGCGUUUGCAAGAUUUUAAGACGGUUAGUGAGUAUAAUUCUGAACUUUUCUGGAUUGUUUCUCGUUUAAGAUUAUGUGGAGAAGUUGUAAAUGAAUAUGAUCUUUUGGAAAAUACUUGCUCAACUUUUCAUGCUUCAAAUGUUCUCUUGCAACAACAAUACCGCGAGCGGAGGUUUGAGAAAUACUCACAAUUAAUUUCUUGUCUUCUUGUGGCUGAGCAAAACAAUGAAUUAUUGAUGAGAAAUCAUCAGUCCCAUCUCACUGGUACUGUUGCAACACCUGAAGUGAAUGCCAGUUCAUCUCAUGGACGUGGGAAGGGCCAUUGGCAUGGUCCCAAGCGCCACAAUAACAAGAAGAAGGGUGGUCAUAAUGACGGCAAAAGGGGAAACAACAACAACCUCCCCCAGAAUAAGAGCAAAGGAAAUGGUUUACAAAACAAGCCUAAGGAAAACAAAGAGACUACUUGUUUCCGUUGUGGCAUGCAAGGACAUUGGCCCCACGUCUGUCGUACUGCCAAACAUCUGGUCGAUCUGUACCAGGCAUCUCUUAAGACACAAGGAAAUAAUGUCGAAAUGAAUUUUGUUAAUUUUGAGAAUGGGGAGACUACCCACUUCGACAUUUCAGAUUUCCUUCUCCAGGAGAAUAACAAUGAAUCUUGA